CAACAGUUUAUCAUUUAAAAGGUAGAGCGACACGCGCCUUCACUUGAAAUCUUCUAGAAACUAAAAUAAAAAUAAAUCAAAUGUGUGAAAAUAGCAGCUGGGAAGCACCCUUGUGGUUAACUGACUCCUAUUUGGAGGAAGUCUUACAAAAGUACCUCAAAGAUGAAAAGGUGAAAAUAAUAAAUGUUGACAUAAAACCCGCCACCUCAAAUGGUGAAAAUUAUGCCAGUGUUAUGAGUCGUAUAAAAGUGAAUUUUUCCAGCAGCAAACAAAAGUCGCAAGAAUUAUCUUUUAUAAUGAAAUAUUCUUAUGAAAGUGAUCCUUUUGUGACAAAUAUUAUGAGUGGUUAUGAUCUCUAUAAUACCGAAAUGAAAAUGUAUGAAAAAAUUUUACCACAAUUAGCUGAAGUGCUAAAAGAAGUGGGAGAUACUGAUAAACUCUUUGCCGAUACCCUAAAAGUGGAUUAUGAAAAAUCAGCCAUUAUAUUUGAAGAUCUGACAGUAAAUAAUUAUGCUUUAGCAGAUCGUUUGACUGGUAUGGAUGCAGAGCAUGCUCGUCUCACCUUAAAGAAAUUGGCCAAAUUCCAUGCUGCAGGAUUAGUACUUAACCAACGACUUAAUGGUGAAUUGCAAAAAUUUCAACGUGGAAUUUUCAACAGGCAUACUCGGGCAUUCGGCUGUAUGUUCGAAUAUAUGACAGAAAAUUGUGCUAAAUUUGCGGAAACUUGCCCGGAAUUGGGUCCUUAUUAUCAUGAUAAACUCAUGAAGUUAAAACCAUAUAUAGUUGAAUAUGGUACUAGAGCCUACAAUAGUAAUGCUAAUAAUUUUUUUACCUUAUGUCAUGGUGAUUUGUGGAUAAAUAAUAUGAUGAUGCAGUAUGAUGAGGAAAAUUGUUUAAAAGAUGUUUUACUAAUAGACUUUCAAUUGAGUAAUUGGUCUUCACCUGCUGUGGAUCUGCAUUAUUUCUUGCAUACUUCUUUAGAGCCCAAGUUACAACUCGAUAUGCAUGCCCUCGAUAAGCUGGUGCAAUAUUAUCAUACAAUUUUGACGGAAACCAUAAAGAGUUUGAAAUAUAAGGGCUAUAUACCCACUUUGCAUGAAUUGCAUGUCCAAUUGGAAGAAGGAAAGAUUUUAGCGGUUACUGCCACCUUAGCCAGUCAAGCCAUAAUGAUAAAUGAUCUAUGUGAUGAUGCUGACUUUCACAGUUUGGUUGAUGAUGAUGAGAGAAGUCGAAAUUUCCGUGCAAGCGCCUAUAAGAAUAAACGAGUACAGAAUAACAUUAAAACUUUAUUACCAUAUUUUGAUCGUCAUGGCUUGUUAGAUCUACAAAUGUAAUUUAAGAAUUGUAUGCUCAAGGAAUAGCAUUUUAGAUUUAAAUUAAGCAAUAAAACAUUUUUAAAUAUAAUUUCUGGAAAAUAUCCCAUCA